AUGCGCAAGAACCGGCGUGCCGGCCAACUGUUGCCCUCCUAUCCCAACGGCUGGUUCCGUCUCUUGCGCUCAGGCGAGCUGGCCCGCGGGGAGGUGCGCAACGUGGCUGCGCUGGGAGAACACUUUGCUGUGUUUCGAGGUUUGGAUGGGGAAGCGCAUGUCCUGGACGCUUAUUGCCCACACCUUGGCGCCAACCUUGCAAUCGGUGGCCGUGUGGUGGACAACUGCAUCGAGUGUCCCUUCCAUGGCUGGAUUUUUUCCGGAAAGGACGGACGCUGCGUCAAGAUCCCAUAUGCCAACAAAGUGCCUGAAUUUGCAACUACCAAAGUUUGGCCAUUAUGUGAAGUGAACGACAUGAUCAUGGUGUGGUACCACUGCGAUGGCACGAGCCCAGCAUGGCAAGUCACCGAGCAGGAAGGGGCAUCAUCCCCUGACUGGACCUUCGGGGCUGCCACGGAGCACUUUGUCAGCGCGCACAUUGAGGAAGUUCCAGAGAAUGCUGCCGAUGUAGCCCACCUUACCUUUCUCCAUAAUCCCUCGAUCAUGACUGGAAGUGACCUGCGCUUCACAGGCAAUCACCGCUGGGCAUUUUUCAAGCACACCUGGGAGGCGGAGUGGCAGCCCGAGCCGGAGCCCAACGGACACUGCUCAGUCCUGCUUCUGACGCACCACGUGCUGCUCUUUGGCAAACGCAUUGCCUGCCUCGAUCUGCAUGUUAAGGCCACACAGGUCGGUCCUGGGAUAGUUAUGAUGGCCCUGAGCCAUGCCAUCUUUGGCAAGGGGCUGAUUGUUCAGUCCGUCACCCCUCUUGAGCCACUUCUGCAACACGUGGUCCACCAGAUCUACACCCCACGCAAGACACUCUCCCUCUUUGCCAAGCUGGUAAUGUGGGCCGAGCAGAUCCAGUUUGAGCGAGACCUGAUGAUCUGGAAUAACAAGAAGUUCCUUCCCAAUCCGCUCCUGGUGAAGGAAGAUGCCGCCAUCCUGAAGCACCGGCGCUGGUUCUCCCAGUUCUACAGCCAGAACAGCCGAAAACACAAUGUCCAGGCAGGACAGCUGGAUUGGUAAUGGCCCCACUAGUUUUAGAGACUCCUCAAUACUACUACUCCACUUGCAGAGUCCACAAACUCUUGCGUGUGGGAGGAGGGAGGGGUGAAUCUUGCUUUUGGGAGCAAAAGAGGUUCCUGGGCCAGAGGAGGGAUGGAUGUGAAUUUGGCUCAUGUUGUACUCUGGAAUCAGAGGCGACAACCUGUAGAAGCAUCUGGAAUAGUGUGCCCCCCCUGCAGCUGUUUUUGCUGGUUCUCAGGAUGGCAGUUUUUUUUUUUACUUUUUUACCUCUUGACAACAUUGCAAAUAUAAAUUGUACCUGAGGUCUUGCUUUUUAGCCUCAAGUGCCUUUCCUAGCUUAAGGAUCUUUUGCUCCACAAUUGGAAUGAAGACUAGAAAUGCAACCGCAGCAGGAAGGACAGACUGAAGAUAUUUGCCGAUGGGAGGAAAAAGCAUCCAAUAGCAAGUUAGACUUAUAUACCGCUUCAUAGGGCUUUCAGCCCUCUCUAAGUGGUUUACAGAGUCAGCAU